AUGUUGUACGAGUGUACUACAUGUGGAGAGAGAUUCAGAGCACAUUCAGAGCUCACUGCCCAUCAGAGCACACAUACAGAUGGACAGGCAUGCCAUUGUUUUCAGUGUGGGAAAGGCUUCAUUCAGAAGUCUGAUCUCAAGAUACACCAGAGGAUCCAUACUGGAGAAAAAACAUAUCAGUGUUCUCAAUGUGGACAAACCUUUACUCGAUUAUGUAAUCUCAAACAGCAUCAGAUUAUCCAUACAGAAGAAAAGCCUCUGUGUGGAAAAGCCUUUGCUCGAAAAUCUGAUCUCAAGUAUCAUCAGAGGAUCCAUACUGGACAAAAGCCACAUCAAUGUUCUCAGUGUGGGAAAGCCUUUAUUCGGCAGUCUGAUCUCAAGAGGCAUCAAGGGAUCCAUUCUGAUGAAAAACCACAUCAAUGUUCUCAGUGUGGGAAAGCCUUUAUUCGGCAGUCUGAUCUCAAGAGGCAUCAAGGGAUCCAUGCUGAUGAAAAACCACAUCAGUGUUCUCAGUGUGGGAAAGCCUUUGCUCGAAUAUGUCAUCUCAAGGAUCACCAAAUGAUCCAUACUGGACAAAAGCCACAUCAGUGUUCUCAAUGUGGAAAAGCCUUUGCUCGAAUAUCUAAUCUCAAGGAUCAUCAAAUGAUCCAUACUGGACAAAAGCCACAUCAAUGUUCUCAGUGUGGAAAAGUCUUUAUUCUGAAGUCUUAUCUCAAGAAGCAUCAAAGGAUCCAUGAUGAAAAUACAUAUCGGUGUUCUCAGUGUAACAAAAUCUUUACUCGGAAAUCUGAUCUCAAGGAUCAUCAGAUGAUCCAUACUAGGGAAAAACCACAUCAGUGUUCUCAAUGUGGAAAAGCCUUUGCUCACAUAUCUCAUCUCAAGUAUCAUCAGAUGAUUCAUACUGGAGAAAAACCACAUCAAUGUUCUCAGUGUGGAAAAGCCUUUAUUCGGAAGUCUGAUCUCAAGAAUCACCAGAUGACCCAUACUGGAGAAAAGCCACAUCAGUGUUCUCAGUGUGGAAAAAGCUUUGUUCAAAUAUCUCAUCUCAAGAAUCAUCAGAUGACCCAUACUGGAGAAAAGCCACAUCAAUGUUCUCAGUGUGGGAAAGCCUUUGUUCGGAAAGCACAUUCAGAGCUCACUGCCCAUCAGAGCACGCAUACUGACGGAAAGGCAUGUCAUUGUUUUCAGUGUGGGAAAGCCUUUUCUCGGAAGUCUGCUCUCAAGAUGCAUCAAAGGAUCCAUACUGGAGAAAAAACAUAUCGGUGUUCUCAGUGUAACAGAAGCUUUACUCAGAAGUCUGAUCUCAAGAUACACCAGAGGAUCCAUACUGGAGAAAAGCCAUAUCAGUGUUCUCAAUGUGGAAAAGCCUUUACUCGGAAAUCUAAUCUCAGGCGUCAUCAGAUGAUCCAUACUGGAGAAAAGCCACAUCAGUGUUCUCAAUGUGGAAAAGCCUUUGCUCAAAUAUGUCAUCUCAAGGAUCAUCAGAUAAUCCAUACUGGAGAAAAACCACAUCAGUGUUCUCAAUGUGGAAAGGUAUUUAGUCAAAAAUGUAAUCUCAGAACACACCAGAGGAUCCAUACUGGAGAAAAAACACAUCAGUGUUCUCAAUGUGGAAAAGCCUUUGCUCAAAUAUCUCAUCUCAAGGAUCAUCAGAUGAGCCAUACUGGAGAAAAACCAUAUCAGUGUUCUCAAUGUGGAAAGGCAUUUAGUCAAAAAUGUAAUCUCAGAACACACCAGAGGAUCCAUACUGGAGAAAAACGACAUCAGGUCGACACACAGAUGCACUAUGGGAAACACAGGUGCACUAUGGGAAACACAGAUGCACUGUGGGAAACACAGCUGCACUAUGGGAACACACAGCUGCACAAUGGGAACCACAGGUGUCUGCGCUGA